AUGCGAAUUAACGCGCUAUUUCGCUCGCAUGCGUCCGAUGGCUUGCGUUUCUUGGUAGUUUAUAUUGCCGAGGCACAUGCACGUGAUCAAUGGCCUAUGGGCAAAAUCAUAUCAUGUGUAGAUCAGCCAACCACACUUGAACAACGCCUUGAGAAUGCUCUGAAAUGUCAGAAGGAUUGCAAAUUUGAAGUACCUAUGCUCGUAGAUAGUAUGGAUAACACUUUUCAUCUGACAUAUGGAUCAUGGCCAUUUCGUUUCUAUGUUAUCCACAAUGGAGAACUCGUCUUGAAGGCCGAACUAGACAAGGAUACCUUCAGUUAUCACAUCGAUGAACUUGAUCAAUGGAUUGGCAAUUUCUGUCAAUCACGUCGUCCCAUUGUUUAG